GCAAAGAAGCAAAAAGUCACAGUGCGCACUUUACACGUCGUAGUGUUGCCAACCGCGUCGUGGGAGAAGAUGCUGUGUCGGAGAACUUUUGCGUUCGGCCGACGGCUGGCCCGGGCGUUCACUUCCGCCAGUGCCAAGCCGUAUACAGUGCCGGAAGGACACUGGGGAGCCAACAGAGCCGCCCGGCUAGAGUUGGCAGCAGCCUAUCGAGGUCUGGACCAGCUGGGGUUAAACGAGGGCGUUUGCAACCAUCUGAGUGUGGUGGCGCCGCGGGCAGAUGGUGUGGGCGAGGCGAUGCUGGUCUUCCCCUUCGGCCUCCACUGGAGCGAGGUAACAGCAAGUAACUUGGUGAUGAUCGACCCGGAUGAAGGCCUGGUGGAGGGCGAUGCAGACCCCGAGGUUACAGCCUCAUGCAUCCACCUGGGCAUUCGCAUGGUGCGCCCGGAGGCCAAGGUCAUCAUGCACACUCACCAGCCCCAUGUCACGGCCUUGGCUUGUCUCAAAGAUCCACAUCUUUUGAUGAUGCACCAGAAUUGCUUGAGAUUCUAUAACAGAAUCUCACACGACAGAGAUUAUGGUGGUCUUGCGGUUGCUCUCGAGGAAGGCAAAAGGCUGGGGAAAGUUUUAGGGAGCAAAGACGUCCUCCUCAUGGGCCAGCAUGGCGUCCUCUCCGUCGCCCCCACCGUCGCCAUGGCCUUCGAUCACCUCUAUUACCUGGAGCGAUGUGCAGAGCUCCAGCUCCUAGCGCUGGCGACGCAGAAGGAGAUCGAGCUGAUCCCGGAGGAGCACUGCCAGCCCAUGUCCGACGUCUUCUGGAGGGACAUGCCGAAGUACGCAGACGCCCAUUUCUACUCCAUGUACCGCCGACUAAGGAAAACGCAGCCGGAUUUUGAGCUGUAGAGGAAAUGCAAUAAAUUGACCAAAAUAUGUAGA